UGUCGGUUCACGUGUGAUUAUUGUCUGCUUGUCGAUUGAAUAAUUUUAUUGCGCGAUUUACAAGAGAGUCGAUUUUGAACAGAAAAAAAAGACUGUUUCGGUAGUGAUAAAAUGGAGGACAAAGGAAAUACGGGAGGUACCGCGGUUGAGAGUGUCGAGAGCAACGCCAGUCCACCGAAGAAGUCGACACCGAAGGGAAAAUCAAUAAGAUCUCAACGGACGAAAUCCUCUCAUCCGCCUACUUCCGAGAUGGUGACAUCUGCCAUCAGAGAGCUGAAGGAUCGCAAAGGAUCGUCCCUGCAAGCCAUCAAAAAAUACAUGGCGUCCACGUACAAGGUGGACGGCGAGAAACUGGCACCUUUCAUCAAGAGAUACUUGAAGUCUGCUGUUACCUCCGGUGCUGUUGUUCAGACGAAGGGUAAAGGUGCUUCAGGUUCGUUCAAACUACCGAUGACCAAAGGUACAGAGACCAAGACGAGAGUGCAACGGGCUGCGGUGAAGGUGGCCGAACCGAAGAAAGUGAAAAAAUCUGUUGAGAAAAAGACGACGCCAGUGCGUAAACCUGCGCCAGCGAAGAAAUCCAGCCCGAUAAAGAAAGCAGAAACACCGAAGAAAGCAGCGGCAGCGAAGAAGCCUGCUAAGGCGGCGGAGAAAACCGAGAAAGCAAAACCAGCGAGUGAACCGAAAUCCAUUUCGAAAAGCAAGAAGACGGUUAAGGCACCAGCGGCGAAAACGAGAACCCCGAAGCCAAAGAAGGCGGCGCCAAAAGUGGUGAAAGCAGCAGCAAAGAAAUAAUUUUUCUUCACAAUUUUUGAGAUUUUAUUCGAAACGAAAAUGGCCCUUUUCAGGGCCACAAACUAUUUGACAUGGAACAAUUUAGACAAUCUAGAACGGUAUUAAACAUUAGGAACCAUAACUGUGAUACGUAAUAAUAAGAAAACCCUAACCUAUAAAUUCUUUUUGUAUACGACAUAGAAUAAUUACAGGUUUAAGAUUUGUACAUAAUAAUCGUACGAAAUAAGGAUUUUAAAUGUAGCUUUUUUUUCUUCGCAGUAACGUUCGAAUAUUAGUAGAUAAUGUGUCUAAAAUAAUUUUUUAAGAAGCGAAUGAUUAUGAUACACGAAUAAAAUAUGAUUUGAAAAGUACACACGUUUUGGUAUAUAUGUCUUGUAGCAUUUGUGGACUUUAGUUUCAUUCCUAUAAUCUGUAUAAAUUUAUAUA